CAGGGAGUUUUAAAAGCUAAUGUUUAUAAAGUAGAUCAGUGUGGUUAGAUGGCUCUCUCUAAGUCCUUGGUAGAGAGAGAGAGAGAGAGAGAGAGAGAGAGAGAUCUGACAUUUCCGUCAAGAUAUGUCCUAGACAGGAAUGUCGAGUAUUUUGUCGUUUGUUUGUGAUUCCUAGUAAUACUAGUCAUCUCUCACACUAUGUCCACACCUAAACCAAACAUACAUCAGAGCAGACGCGUCAGCGGCCCAUAGACAUACCAGGAGCGACGCGUCAGCGGCACACGCGGAAAGCACUGCUGUCAGAGCACGAAAGAUGUGGGUUUUCGGUUACGGGUCUCUUAUUUGGAAAGUGGACUUUCCAUACGAGGACAAACGUGUCGGUUUCGUGAAAGGCUUCAGUCGUAGGUUUUGGCAGGGAAGCACGGAUCAUCGAGGGGUGCCUGGAAAGCCUGGGCGAGUGGUGACGUUAAUAGAGGACCCCGAGGGUUGUGUGUGGGGUGUUGCUUAUAAGUUGCCGUCGGGCCGGGAAGAGGAGGUCAAAGAAUAUCUGGACUAUAGGGAGAAAGGUGGGUACGGAGUGAUACCCGUUACGUUUCAUCCCAAAGAGGAAGAACAUCAGCCAAUGCCCGACACAUUGCUCUACAUUGGAUCCUGUAGCAACCCCAAUUAUCUUGGCCCAGCGCCUUUGGAAACAAUUGCUCGGCAGAUUGUGAUGUCUGUAGGCCCAAGCGGCAAGAAUACAGAUUACCUGUUCGAGCUUGCUGAUGCUCUCAGGCUACUGGUACCUGAAGACUCAGACGAUCACCUGUUCUCUCUGGAGCGCCUUGUGAAGGACCUGCAGGAGGAGACCGUGUGACGUGUAAUUUACACCGUCCCUUAUGACCUCAGGAAAUAAGUCCAUUUGUUUUUAAGUGAUCGUUAGCAUCAUCUAUGAAGGUUGACACACACUUUUAGGGAUUACUUGAUAAACUGCACUUUAACUACUUUUGUUCUGGGGUCUUUAAAUAUUCUUAUGUAUUUAAUCUAGGCAUGAUUUUUAUGACAUGAUUUAAUUCACACCAUUUUCUCAUCUCAUAACACGGAGAUAUAAUACUAAGUUGGUUCUGGUUGUUAUCCGCUACGUUUGUACAGCGACCUUGAGCUUGGGAAAGGGGCUUUAUGAAUACUUAUAAAAUAAAAAAAGUAUUAUUAUACAUAGAGUGGACAAUUCAGGACUGGAGGUUGGUUUAUUUAACUUGGGAUACUUAAGUGUUUUGAAGCCAUUAUAGUUAUAGGCAGCUAGAACUCAUUACUUCUAUAGAUACACCACAACAAGCUGAAGCUCUAAACAUGUUAAGGUUACACUUGCAAUGUUUUUAUGAUACUUCAAUUCAUUCUUGUUUUACAUUCAUCCAUCCAUUUACUUUUGAGUCUUUCUGUAACCAUUUUUUUGGUGAUUUUCAUUUACGUCUUAAUUGUCACAACAACAAAAAACAUUAACGUUUUAUAACACUUACAUGGAGUACAUGUUUCUUACCAAUUCAUUUUUUAAAUAAUGUAUGUAAAAGUUAGACCCUAUUUAUGAAAAUGAUUCUAAAAGAAAAAAAUCUAUCUUUAUCUUGAAAAAAUAUUAAUUUCCACAUCAACAACCACAUCAUUUGUAUUCCAGUACACAACGAGUGUCCCACAGACCCAAUCAUCCGGACACCACACAAGGGUUCAUUUCCUGUAGCCAAAAUAUUUCGUUUUAUUUUAAAGGGAAAUAUCAUCCAUGUUCUUGCCAGGUUUUGUGAGAUUCAUUCAAGCAGAGCUUUGUGUUGACAUCUUUAUGUAUGAAGGAUGCUCACGUAUCAAUUCAGAUACCACAAAAUCCAUUUUUACAAGCAUUCAGUGUGUAUGACAUAAUGUUUGAAUAGAAUAUUGAUAAAGACCAAGAGCAAAAGCAAAUAAACUUGUGGGAAGAAAUA